AUGGCCUCUAGACAGCGAGAAAACACAUUCUCCACGGCACCGUGGAAGGCUCCAGCCAACCGUAGUCAUCACAUGGAUGUGGGAGAAGCCGGAAGCUGGAUGGAUGGCUUUGGCCGGAGCAGUGGCUCCGGUGAAGUGAUCCAUCACAUCAGUGAAGGCUACGACUUCACUAAUGCACUCACAUCACCGAUUUACCCCUACAGUAGAGAUGCUCAGAUAGUUAAUGAGCAACUAGAACACUUUUAUCACGACGAGAGCCCGUCAAACCGCGAGGUCCGGCGUUGGCUUGGAGAUCCGGACGAUAUCAAGCGACGCGGUAUCUUCAUCAACUGCUUCAUCCGCCACCAAUGGCAGAACCUUGGCGUGUGGAAUGACAAUUGGGGCAUCCCAGGCCUCCCUGGCUACCAAAAUGACAUUGCCAACUGGAAGUGGAGAUGGAAGGAGAACGAAGACCAGUACGACUUCCUUGCCGCAUACCGGGAGAAGAAACAUCUCGCGCAUAUACGGAGGGCAGCUCGAAUGGCGUUCGCCCUGACACCGCGGAGCAAACAGGCCUGUUUGAGAAGAAAACCCACCGUGGCUGAGGCUGAGGGGUACCUCAGCUCCCGGCCGUGGUUUGUGCAUGGUGUGCAGGUCAAGGCCAUGAGGGCUCGGGUUGGAAAUCACGACGGCCAUAAAGCGGCCCGGCGCGUGCGAAUUACAUGGAGACUGCAAGGCAAAUGGGAGUCCGAAUGGGAUCACUAUUCUCCCGGCUGGAGAUGGGGUGGUGACGACAUGGCGAUCGCCAACCCCCAGUUCCUGCUGAAUUUGCUGUCCGACAAUGAAAAGAAAGCCUUGGGGCUUCAAGACAAUCCCGCCUGUCCUCCGAGACACAGGGGGCACUACUCCUUGUCAGCAGGCCAGUCCUCAAGGAGCUCCGAUACUCGCUGGAAUGAGACCCCCAGAGGCCAGAACGUUGGCCACAGAAGACACCAGAGCAAUCAGUGGCCGCCGGAUAUCGGGCAUCAUCACAACGGCACAAAGGCCUGCGCGUACCAGCACAAGGAGACAACGAGAGACAACAGGCCUCAGGCAUUCACCGGCUAUCGGCGCUUCAGCGAGGCGUAUUUUGCCCGUGACUGGUCUCCCUUCGGAGAUCAUCCGGCCUCCUCUGGUGCUACAGGUCCUGUGCAGAUCCUUGUGGAUGGGGACAAUGGCGAAGAGAUAUCGGAGGCCAUCUCUCCUCUGGCACCGAGGAUCCAAAUUUCCAUUGAAAAUUUCAACCUGGGCCUGAGCCCUGCUCAAUUCAGUCUAUGA